AUGGUAAAGUUAAAGCUUAGUUGCGGCGAGUUAAAUGUUGCGUGGUACAGUAGUGUGUUGUUGGAGUUGUCGUGUGUGCGUCGACAGCUCCCUCAGAGCCGGACCGGCGUCGGGCCGCGCCCGCGGGGGCUGUUGAUGUGGACCGCACCGCCCUAGCAUAUAGUUGUGUGUGGACAUAUAACUUACGAAUCGGUGAGCCAUUUUUUAAAAGACUUCCUACACGAGGACCGGGAAGAUGUGGAUGUUGAGGUUGUUUUUUUACACAGGAAACCGCCCGACCUGGAGCUCGAAGGCCUGUUCAAGAGACAUUUUACCACAGUGGAAUUCUUUCAAGGCACCAUUAUGAAUCCAAUCGACCUUCAAAGGGUAAAAGUGCAUGAAGCAGAUGCGUGUUUGGUGUUAGCAAACAAGUACUGCCAGGAUCCUGAUGCGGAAGACGCAGCCAACAUCAUGAGGGUUAUCUCCAUCAAGAAUUACUCCGAUGACAUCAGGGUUAUCAUUCAAUUGAUGCAAUACCAUAAUAAGGCCUACCUAUUAAACAUUCCAUCCUGGGAUUGGAAGCAAGGUGACGACGUGAUAUGUCUUGCAGAGCUAAAGCUGGGUUUCAUAGCACAGAGCUGUUUAGCACCAGGGUUCUCUACCAUGAUGGCUAAUCUGUUUGCCAUGAGAAGUUUCAAAACGUCACCAGAUACGCAGGCUUGGCAGAAUGAUUACUUGCAAGGAACUGGCUGCGAGAUGUACACAGAGAGCCUGUCCACCUCCUUCACGGGAAUGACAUUUGCCCAAGCAAGCGAGUUAUGCUUUACAAAGCUGAAGCUACUUCUACUGGCCAUCGAAAUAAAAGGCGAAGAAGGCGCGGACAGUAAGAUAUCAAUCAAUCCGAGGAACGCGAAAAUUCAUGCCAACACGCAAGGGUUUUUCAUAGCUCAAUCCGCGGAUGAGGUUAAAAGGGCGUGGUUUUACUGCAAAGCGUGCCACGAAGACAUUAAGGAUGAAACACUUAUCAAAAAGUGCAAAUGCAAAAACUAUGACCACCACCCUCCCCCCACCUUCACGCCGCCAGAGUUGCCCAAGAAGGUCCAUGUUCGAGGUGAAGUUGCACGAGAUCGAGGGGAAGAUAUCAGCUUGAUCAAUAGAAAUCAUCGAAACGCCGCACCGACGGCUCUGCUAUCACCAAUGGCCAACCAGCUCAUGAACUCCACCACAACGAGACAAGUGAAUAAGGUGAAGCCGAAUGUAACAAGAGCGCCACCCGAAACGCCAACAAGCCGGAGUAGUGGUGGUAACCAGAAUAGUAACGGGGUCAGUCUGCCUGCCGGUCUAGCAGACGACCAGUCAAAAGACUUCGACUUCGAAAAGACUGAAAUGAAAUAUGACUCUACAGGAAUGUUCCACUGGAGUCCAGCCAGAAACCUAGAGGAUUGUAUAUUAGAUAGAAAUCAAGCCGCCAUGACAGUACUGAACGGCCACGUGGUUGUUUGUUUGUUCGCGGACCCGGAUUCGCCCUUGAUAGGUUUGCGAAAUCUGGUGAUGCCGUUGCGUGCCUCCAACUUCCACUACCAUGAGCUGAAACACGUCGUCAUCGUGGGUAGCGUCGACUACAUACGGAGAGAGUGGAAGAUGCUGCAGAAUCUACCGAAAAUAUCUGUUUUGAACGGUUCACCGCUAAGCCGUGCCGACUUGCGUGCAGUUAAUGUAAACCUAUGCGACAUGUGCUGUAUCCUGUCAGCGAAGGUGCCAUCCAAUGAUGACCCGACGCUGGCUGACAAGGAAGCUAUCUUGGCUUCGUUGAACAUCAAGGCAAUGACGUUUGACGACACGAUAGGCGUACUAAGUGCCGGAGUAACCAACGGAAACGCCACUCCAGCACCCCCUGGAGCUUCACCCGCUCCUGUACUGCUGCAGAGGCGAGGGUCUGUCUAUGGAGCCAAUGUGCCUAUGAUUACUGAAUUGGUGAACGACAGCAACGUGCAGUUCUUGGAUCAAGAUGACGAUGAUGAUCCGGACACAGAAUUGUAUCUAACCCAGCCAUUUGCCUGCGGAACUGCCUUUGCUGUCAGCGUGCUUGACUCUCUUAUGUCAACCACGUAUUUCAACCAGAACGCGCUGACUUUAAUCAGAUCGCUGAUAACUGGGGGUGCUACUCCAGAACUAGAGCUUAUUCUUGCAGAAGGAGCUGGUCUUCGGGGAGGUUAUUCAACACCAGAGAGCUUAGCUAAUAGGGACCGAUGCCGAGUCGGCCAGAUUUCCUUAUACGACGGGCCACUUGCGCAAUUCGGUGAAGCCGGCAAAUAUGGAGACCUGUUCGUCGCAGCGCUACGGACUUAUGGCAUGUUGUGUAUAGGAUUGUACAGAUUCCGAGACACAUCGUCAUCGUGCGAUGCGUCAAGCAAGCGAUACGUCAUCACGAACCCGCCGGAUGACUUCUGCUUGUUGCCGACUGAUCAGGUGUUUGUCCUAAUGCAGUUCGACCCAGGUGUCGAGUACCGAUCGUCUCGUCGCGCUGGCACCAAUUCGGCCACCGGCAAAGACGACGCCUCCUGA